ACGACAUAUACGCUUCAUUAACUCAUGCGGAAAACGAACAUAUUAUUAGCUGAAAGUAUCAUUAUACCGAUCUACAUACGAUUAUUAACGUACUGAUGUGAUGUGUUGCCUGAAAUAAAAGUACGAAUGUGUUGUGAAGUCAUGCACAGUGUUAUCAUGGAAAUGCAAGGUGGCAGAGCAUUUUUCUUAGUAGUGUUUGCAAGUCAGUGCUACGUUUCGGCGUGUGCGAAAAAUCUCAUCGUAAUCAUCCCAAAUACUGAGAUAUGCAAAGUGCUUGAUCACACGUUCGUGCAAAGUUAUACUUGCAGGUCGAAAAACGUCAACCGUACACUGAACCUUAGUUCAAAAGAAAUCAUUUUUAAACCAGGCGUGACUCUGACAAACUACCAUGCGCACGUUACUUUGUACCGUAAAUUUGCUACUGUCUACCGACAAUUCAUGGUCGACGUCCACUACGAUUCGUGUGCUUUCCGUGCUGGCAAGAAAUCGACUGUAACGCAAGUUAUAAGCUUUGACGGACGACUCAAAUACGGCAAUUUUUGGGAACCUUGUCCUCUAUCGGGAAGACGGUAUGAACAUAACGUGCCUAUGGGUAAAUUUGCGGUGGACAUCUUUCCAUCUGGGGAAUACAGAUUCGACACUAGAAGUUAUACGAUUGUGAACGGUGAAAAGAAAUAUCUCAUGUUAACACAAAGCUAUGGAGAAGUAAAGUAUACGACAAUCGAGCAUUGGAAGAAGAAGUAGGAAACUCAUUCGAAAACAGAUCGGUCUUGGAUUUCGAUUUUCUCUUUGUGCUACAAAUAGAUUGAGUGAAUCAGACUAUUAGCCUAGAUAAGUCAUAGUGACUUAGUGACCUUAGCUAAGGGAAAUAUUAUGUUCAAUCACGUUUCAUUAAACAGUCGAAUGGCAAAGUUGUGUUUUAUUGAAAGUC